AUGGCGCUGCUGGAAGAGCCAGAAAUCAUUACUGAAUUCUUUGAGGAAGAGAUUAUUCAUUUCAAUGUUGGCGGCUGGUGUUUCUCAGUUCCUAAAAGCAAAGUGGCCCAGUUUCCCGAUUCCCUGCUCUGGAAAGAGGCUUCAGCCUUGACUGAGAAUGAAAACCCAAGACUGUUUAUUGACCGGGAUGGAUACACCUUCAGACACAUCCAUUAUUAUUUGCACACGUCCAAACUGUCUUUCUCCAGCUGUGCUGAACUAAACCUCCUAUACGAGCAGGCACUGUUCUUGCAGCUAAUACCUCUCUUGCAGACUUUAGACAAUUUGAAGGAAGGAAAACACAACCUGCGCAUCCGACCUGCUGAUAUACCAAUAGCUGAAAGAGCAUCUAUGAAUUACUGGAGAACACGGAAAUGUAUAAGCAAGCCACCUGAAUUUCCUCUGAAAAGUCCAGCAUUUACUGGCUUACAUGAGAAAGCUCCUCUUGGACUAAUGGACACUCCAUUACUAGACACUGAAGAAGAAGUGCAUUACUGUUUUCUGCCACUCAGCUUGGUUGAAAAAUACCCUUCCCUGGUUAAUGAUGACAAUUUACUGUGGCUGUCUGACAAUUCCGUUCUGAUAGAAUGUGAAGGCAGUGAGUUCCGCUUCAUAGCUAAUUUUCUACGUUCAGGGAAGAUUUUUUUGCCUGACAACUUCUCAAACAUGGAUGUGCUGGAAGCUGAAGCUGAAGUAUUGGGGAUCCCUGAGCUUAUGGAAGCAAUGAAGAUCUUUAGGAGUCAGCCUGGUGCCUGCUCAGCCAAGACCCACCCAGAGGGAACACCUGGUCUGCAAGGCUUUGUGAAACGUACAGUACAUAAGCAGCCAAAAGCAGCCAGCCUCCCCUUGUAUCCAAUGGUGCUCGGUCUCUUAGUCAAAUAUCCUGAUUCAGCUUUGGGGCAGCUCCAUAUGGAGAACACCCUGGAUGGGAACAAGCUCUACAUAUCAGGAAAUGGAGUUCUCUUUCAACAUGUCAUGAACUGGUUAGGUACUUCCAAGCUCCCUCUGACACGAAGUAUGUCCGAGCUCGUUGAGCUCUGCUCCUAUUUGGAUCAAAUGGACAUCACUUAUCAGCCCAUGAAGGAUGCUUUGAAAACAUAUCUAAAACAAAAGAUACCUACAGACACUGUGGGGAAAGACUGGACAGCAGAAAUUGAGGUCUUUUCACUCCAUCAUAUUGUCAAAGUGUAUGUGGGAAGCCAUUGGUAUGCAACAUACUUGCAAACAUUAUUGAAGUUUCCAGAGCUGCUGUCGAAUUACAAUAAAGUAUAUUGGAUUGUUCAUGGUCAGAGUCUCUUCAUCCAUGGAGAUGGACAAAUGUUUCGACACAUCCUCAACUUCCUUAGGCUUGGCAAGCUCUUCUUGCCCUCAGAAUUUAAAGAAUGGCCUCUUUUAUGCCAAGAAGUGGUAGAAUACCAGAUCCCUUCUCUUGUGGAAGCCCUUUCUCAUUGUGACCCAUACAGAAUAUGGCUAAAACAACGAGACGCUCACAGCGAAGGUUUCCCGUUGAGAAGUCUUGAACCUGUGGUGUCAGAGAAGGAGAAAGGACCUGGUAAAGAUCCUCAAGUUGUACAGCACUCUUAUAUUGCCAUGAAUGUAAACCAAUGUGCUAAUAACUGGAGCAUAGUCAGAGAAGCAGAAGAUGCAGAAGAGAGCGACCAGGAGAAGGAUAGAUACACACGUAUUUCUCCAGUCAAGGGAGUAAAACGAAGAAACAGCUGGGAAGGAUACGGUCCGGCUACAGAUGUGUGGGAAAAUUCCUGUGGGCACACACAGCCAGGGAGCCCCCCAAGGAAAAAGGGGACAAAAGGGAAUUUACCAAAGAAGUCUGACUGCAAAGACACUCCUAUCCAGAGGCUCAUUUCCCUGGUGCAGGGCUGGGAUAUGGCAAAUCACAAAGCCUACGAAGCCCCGCAGGUGCCCAGUACAUCUGAGGGAGAGCCUUCUCGCAAAGACCCUGAAAGGAUGGCUCCCUGCACGCUGCUGCCAGCCAGUCUGGCAAGGAUUACAGCUCCAGAACGACCUGGGAAUGGCCUGGUUCUCAGAGCUGCACCAAGCAUUCAACAGCACUUGACAAACACUGGCCAGUGCUGGCCAGGCACCCCAGCUACGGGGGGAUGGCUGGUCAGGUCUCGUGGACCAAGCAUGCUGGAAGGGAUCUGUCCAGUGGUGGAAAACAUCCCAGUCAAGAAGCUGAGUAGCCAAGCAGAGAGAGAAGAAGCAACAUUCUCUGAACCAGUUAAGAAGGUCAUUGAUGAGCCAGGCGACAGCAGUGCUGGGUUGAUUCUUAAAGUCGAACACCCUCCAAUUGUGGCUGGCGAUGGUUCAUGCAUGUCUCAUGAAGACAGCACCCUCUACAGCAUGUGCCAGGAAGGUAUCCAGUGGGCCAGUGCACAGACACAACUGGUGGCCAAAGACGAAGAAGAACCGUGCGGCACGUCUAAAGGUCGCUUUAUUGGAAUCUGCACUUCACCCGUCGUCUCCUAUGGCGGACCAGACUUCGACAUCCCGAGUAGCCGUCAAUACCGGUGCGUCGACAUCGACGAAAUCGACAUCGAAAACCGCUUCGAAAUCUACCACACAGACCCCGGCACCAACUAUGACGGAACCGACGGUGACAUCGAUAUCGAAGGAGGCGUCGAUACCGGAGCCUCCGCCUCCUCAAUUGUCACCUUCUGGUCUACUGGCCUCUUCCUUGAGCCAACAGAUUCCAGAGAUUGUCGAUAUCGAUACGGCGGAACUCAUGAGUCAUCCGAUAGUGCCCCUCGGGUGUUCACGAAGACCAUGGUGGUAGUGGCAGCAUUCCUAAGGCUCAAGGGAAUUUCGGUGUAUCCUUACAUCGACAACUGGCUUAUAGUCGCAUCCUCGGAAGAGAUCUUAGAAGCCAACGUUUCAGUCACUUUGUCCCUACUGGCUGAACUAGAAGUUGGUGUUGACGCCACAAAUGUAGCUGUCAGGGCCAGGAGCCUUGAUGUGGAAGGUCCAGUAGUAGAGGUGGUGGCCGCCAAAGUGUUUAACGUUCGGGGCCGAUCUUUCAGCAUCGAUCGAGGCCGAUCAGUCGACAUCGUCUUUCUGAGCUUCCCGUUGUCUCGUGAGGAGAUCUUUUAUGCCCGGAUGUGCCACUGCUUUCUCACGGAUGUCAUCUUGGACUCCAUAAGGCAGAAGGACCCCAAGGAAAUUACUGCCCAAGUGGAGCUGUUUGUACAGAGGUUGUGGACCCUGCAGAUCACAGUGAAGGAGUUUGUGGCCAACCUACUGAAUGUGGCACCUUUUAAAGCCAAGAGUCAUACCUGUGAGAUGCUGUUGAAAUGGCUUGAGUUUACGCUGCCAUUUGCCUGGAAGUACAGUUGUUGCAUUGACCAGCUGAUAAGAAAAGGGUACUUUAAAUCACUCUCUCGUGUUGUUUUAGGAAAAUAUUUUCAGAAGUCUUAA